AAAUGACUCGAAGCACAAGAUGAAUUUUCGCAAAAAAAUGGAUGUGCCGCUGAUAAAGGAUAAGGCCAUGUUGUCAAAGGUUAUUUUUAAACAGUCUGUUAUGAGACGCAAUAGAGGGACGACGCAUUUCAAUUAUCUGCCUCAAUUUGUGGCUGCCAGGUGGGGAAAAGGCGCCCAUUGACCCGACCCCAGCUGACCAUAGCAGAGGUAAAAGGAAAGAAUGGCUGAAAAGUUGGGAGGCUCGUCAUCAUGGGCUCUCCCUGUAGAGAUACUGGAGAUGGUGCUGGCGCAGCUUCCCUUGCCAGCUCUACUUACGGUACACUCUACAGUGUGCCAGUACUGGUCAGGGGUGAUUAUGAAUCCAGCGUUCAUCCCCUGGAAAAAGAUAUACCAUCGUCUGAAACUGGCUCCGGAGAGCUUCUCAUCGGCUUUUCUGCUGUCCCCAUCAAGGGCCGAGGAGAAGGUUCAGGCUAAAGACAUUGUUAAAGAGCUCUGUGUCCAGCACCACAUUACAUCGUUAGAAGACUGUCUCAUUAGCAUCAUUAGGUUAAUGGGAAAAUCGCACGGAAUUCCAUACGAGUCUAAAGCAACAAUAGGCGUCCUCAAGAGCCAUCCGCUGUAUGAAUUGGCUGUUGCCGCUUUGGACUUUCACAAGCAAGAUCUCAUCCCAGAGUCUCGCAAUGUAUGGCAUAUUGUGUCCAUGAUAGUUGUUCUUGCAAAGGAUAUGUGGCAAGUGGAUGCACUCCUGCAGCUUUUGCUGUCUCCUGGUUCGGUUUUCACUCCUAGAGAUAUUACCGAAGCUUUUUAUUGCAUGUCCACGCUCUUCCUUCACUGUACUAGGGAAUAUGAGCUCCCCACAAGGUACCAUUACAUAGUCAACUAUGCCUUGUAUCUCUAUGAGAAUCGGUGGACCCUGACUCCUGCCGAUGACCCAGGGAGGCUAAAAAAGAGUCAUAGUGGCCAACAAUCCAUGCAAAAGUUUAUGAAUUACAAACCAAAAGUACAACAUACUCAUGAACAAAUGAGAAUUAUAAACCACAAUAUAAAGGCAGAUGAUAUUGUGAAAAUUGUAGCCUUUGCUGGGACUGGCAAAACCACCACCCUACUCCAGAUGUGCAAGCAGCGUCCACACCAGAGGUUCUUGCUUGUGGUCUAUAACAAAUCAGUGGAGGAACACUGCUCCAAGUCUUUCCCUCAUAAUGUGAAAGUUAAGACAGCGCAUGCCAUGGCAUUUGCAAAUGUUGGCAGGAGGUUUGCAAGUAUUCGAAGACUGGAUGGAAACUUGAGUAGCAGCAAAAUAUCGGAUUUUCUGGGUAAAAAGGAAGGUGCUGGCAAUAGGUUGAGACGGGCUGCCCUUGUUAAGAACACAAUUGAAAUCUUCCUGAAUUCUCGUGAUGACUUUCUCACUUUACAACAUGUGCCCGUAAAGGACAAGGAUCAGAUUGAUAUCGAGGACGACUAUAGACUAAAUAUACUGUUGCCUGAUGCAGAGGAAGUAUGGAAAGAAAUGAAGAAGUGUUCCCCUACACAGAAGAUAGCCAUGUCACAGGAUGGUCAGCUGAAGCUUUGGCAACUGAGCAAACCAAGAAUUCAAGGGUAUGAUGUUAUCAUGAUUGAUGAGGGCCAGGAUAUGAACACAGCCAUGUUUGACAUUUUUCUCAGACAGGAUUGUGCCAAAGUAAUUGUGGGUGAUCCUCAUCAACAAAUUUACUCCUUCAGAGGGGCAGUCAAUGCCCUCCAGAUGAUUCCAGCCACACACACAUUUUACCUCACACAGUCCUUUAGAUUUGGGCCUGAAAUAUCAUACAUAGCAAAUUGUACAUUAGAAUCUCUCAAGAAUGUACAAAAGCAGACACUUGUUGGUGGCAGAAAGCAAGACUGUGUGUAUGUCAAUAGCAAAAGUAGCCCAGUUACUUCGUCUGGUAGAACACUCAGUACAGCUUAUUUGGCUAGGAUGAAUAUUACCAUAUACAAACUUUCCAUUUAUAUGUGUGUUCAGGAGAAGUAUUCUGGUAUGUCCAUGAGUUUUGCUGGAGGAUUAGCCAAGUAUGGGUUUGAUGCUGUCUUAGAUAUCUACAAGCUCUGGCAAGUUCAACAAGGAAAGGGAACAGCAGAAUCACUGGGCAUCAAGAACAAGCUUAUUGCAAAAUUCAACUCUGUUAAUGGUCUGAAAAAGUUUGCUGAUAACAUCGAUGACCAUGAUUUGUCCAACAAGAUCAGAAUGUUUGAGUACAGCGGAAGCAAAACUCCUUAUCACCUUCAGCUCUUGGACCGAAGAUGUUGUGCAGAUCCAGCAAGGUCUGAUGUAGUUUUUAGCACAAUUCACAAAGCUAAGGGACUGGAGUUUGACUGGGUUAUUAUGUUAGAUGAUCUCGUUCCAGUGAACUUGCCCUAUCGAAAUAGACGGCACCCACAAGAUGCAGGAGAUGAGUACAACUUAAUGUAUGUGGCAAUCACACGAGCAAAAUUGUGGCUAACUAUUAACUCUGCAGUUCUGUACACCUUAACUGUAGCUAAAGAAAAAUUUGAAGUGAUAACUGGAAGACAUGAGGUGUGUCCAAAACAUAAAUGCAUCCAGUGUGGGAAAGAGGACAUUGCCAGCUCAAAAAGCCCAUUGGUAACAAAGGUUAUAACUGUCCCAAUAGGUAACCACGAAGAACGAUUUAGAGGUGGCUAUCUCUGUGAAAUGUGCACUACCUUUGAUAUGUAUGUACCGCCGAUGACAAUGGGGCACGAAUUUGAUAUUUGCCGACUGUUAAAGGACACCUCCAGAUUAUGUAGAAGAACUCUGCUGACAGGGAAAAAGGAAUUUGAAAACAUGUCAGAAAAUGCGCACAUGAGUUUGGGAUGGCAUCAGUAUCAUGGACAUACUCAAGAAGAUUCAGACAAUGACAGUGAUUUUCCAGAUGACAUUGAUUUUGAAGACCCAGCUCUUUUAGAGGCGGAGGAAGCACAGAUGGAGCAAGAGGUGGUUCCAAGAGGAGAUAUAGUUAUUCAGAUUGAUUGAUCUUGCUUUUGUAAAAGGAAUAUUUGUUCUGUGAUUUAUGGAAAGGAACCAAUGAAUAGUGGUGAUAGUAGAUGUAUUUUUUAUAUGGAUUUUGUACUUUUAGAGAUUAAGUUAUAUGCAAUAUCGAUUCCACAUAUAGCUUUGCACUAGUUUUAUACAUGUUAUAGUCUUAUCUACUGAAUAAAGGUCCAGUAGAAAAUUACAAAAGAAAUUUGCAAAGAUCCAGUGACAUGUGGAAGAGCAGUAUUUUAAAAUGUACUUAAAAGUAGGGAAAGAUUUUUAUUUUUUCUGCCAAAAAGACUUCUAAAUGUACUGUCCUAGAUGUAUAAAUAGAAAACACUUCACUAUAGCUGGUAUAGAACUCCAACAGCUGUCAGUCUGGCACUAGAUCUGUGACUUUGAAUGUGCAGGUCACUCCCAGAAAUAAAAGGAGUUGGAGAUUUUAAAAAGUGCCAUAACACUUUCCCAAAUUAUGUAUAUUUUAAAAGUUAACAUUUUCACUAUCAGCAUACUGUAAUUACAGCCUCCACCAUGUUAAGAUAAAUUAAGCUCUCACUUGGGUAAAGAUAUAGCCAGAAUAUAUUUGUAUCUUAUUUGCAUAUAUUUUACCAAUGAAGAAGGGACUAGACUCCUUGUUUUCAGGAGGUUUAUAGUCAACAUGAUUUUACCCCACUUAUUUUUAUUUGGUAUUUGUGUAAUAAAUAGGUCUCCGGUGAAAAAUAAGGUAUUUUCUCCUUGUCAGUGUAAACAUUUUGACACAUACAUAGUGCCAGCAUGUGGGGAUGAAGAAAUUUUUGUGAGGACCAGUAGGGUUUCGGUAUCCAGGCUGUACAAAGAAGGAACAUUCAGAUGUACCAGCCACACCCCCACCUCUUCUGCUUUCUGGUCGCCAAAAACUUGUCCCACCAGAACCAUGUAGCGUAGAGAUCCAGGAGUGCUAGCUGCCCACACCUGCUGCAAACUUUUUCCUUGUGCAGAGCCCGUGGCUAAAACACAGCUCAAGAAGAGUACCACAGCUACCACAUACCUCACUCAUGAAGUUGUAGAGCAACCAGGAGCAACCCUCAUAUCUUGAAGGCUUCUAGAAGUGUAGUCACUAGGCCGCCAGCAGAACCAACUCAUUACAGAUGUGGAUCCUGUAGUAUGGAUCUGCCACAGGAGGGAAACUCAUGCUCGUACUGCUCUGUCCAUUCCAUAGAUGGUGUUGUAGUCAGUACAUCAAUUACAUAUAAUAGUAUGUGUCAUCUAGUGUUAUACGCUGGUGUUCUCUGCACAGUAUGUGUCUCUUUCCAUCUGUAGUCCUUUGCCGCCACACUCGAGGCUAGAGGCACUAUCAGUCCUUGAGGACUUUGCAGUUAUGUGAUUUAGUGAAUAAUUCAUAUAUUUCAUAUUUUACCCUACAGUUUCCCUUGUGGUGAUUUAGUGAAUGUAUAUUUCUUAAAUAUUUUAUCCACAACCUCCCAGGUGACCCUCCUGCCCACCCCUACUGUUGGGAGCAGGUAUAGAGUAUGGGGAGAGUUCCAUGGCAGUAUUUCUACAUUUAUUUGCAGUAAGUGAGAGAAAUAUAUCAGUAACAAUAUCAUCGUAAUUAAGUUUUACUUUGAGCGUGUCCUGAUAUAUUUUAUGCACUUUGGACUGCCUACAAUACAAUGUCUCCUCUGUAUUGGUGUACAUACAAUCACACAAAUUUAAAAAUUUAGAAAUAAUCUUUCCAUAAUGUGAAGUAGGAUUCAAACGCAGCAUCAUAAGAUUGGCCUGUGUAAAUAUAACAUGGAAUGUCAAGUUGUCCUAAAAAUGGCCUCAAGAAUAUAAAUAAGGAUUAUGCAAAACUAUGUAGUGUAUACACAAGUAAUAGAACACAACCAUUAUGAAUCAUCUGCUUGUAUCAGUGCCAAAACAAAUAAUUGUGUAUAGCACUGAUUUAGUAUUUAUACAGCUCUCUCAAGAGAUAGGUCUUCCUGGUGGACCCUUCUGCCUGGUAUGCAAAUGAUACUUUUAGUGAGGUUUGUAGUGAGGGCAAGUAACACCAUGUAUUUUCCAAUGGGGUUUGCAUAUUUACUAUACAAGUACACUUCAGCUAUAAAAUUCCAUACUCUGGAAAUCAUCCUAGGUGCUCUGCAUCAGCCAUAAAUAUUAUUUUCCUGCCUACCUGGUUGUCUCUGCAAGAGACAAUCCUGGGUGGAGGAGGCCUGUUGGACGACCUAGGAAGUCGUGGCUUGGGCAGAUCGAUCAAACCUGCUGUGAGGAGCUCGAGAUGGGCCGAGUCCCUGCCUGGCGGCUUCCCAUGAGGGAUCCCAAAAGGUGGAAACAAAGGGUGGGUGCGGCUAUGCGCCCUGUCGGCGUUAGCCCCUGAUGAUGAUGAUGAUAAUUUUCAUAUAAAAUGUGUGUCUGUUUGCAAUGAGCAAAAACUAAGGGAAUUUGGCAGAUGGAGGGCACUGCUGAAUAUAAAGGAACUGUACAUCAUUAACAAGAGAAGUAUGCACACCAGUAAGGUUUGGUGCUCACAAAUUGCUGAUCUUGGAAUACAACAUAUGUACCAAAUGUGCAAGUGCAUAUGAUUACAAUUAAAUCACAGGUUUGACAAGCCACUACACCCUGGUGA